AUGUCCCUCAACUUAACAUCUCCUUUCUCCCCGCUGCCGAGUUACGCUCUUGGCACGGGCUUGACUUUCAUCGGCCUUCUCGGGUUCGUCCGCCCAUUCGCCAUCUACGACGCCUUUGGCAUCGCUCGACCACUCUCCGCCGAGCCUGAGGCUUUUAGCUACGCGAAGUCCGCCCGUGACUUGGCAACGGGUGCUUUGUUUAUCCUCCUAGAGACAUACCAAGAGGGGAGCGGGAACGAGGACGCCGUCACUGCGUUGUUUGCGGUGACAGCGUGUGUGGGUAUCGCGGACUGGUUGAUCGUCAAGAAAAUGGGUGGAGAAGGGGGACGAGGGGACAGGAAGAAAGGAUUAGUGCAUUUAGGGAGCGGAGUUGUGUUGGGUGCUUUUGCUGUUUGGAGGUUUAUGUACUAG